AUUGUGUUUAUUCCUAAAUUAUCGCUAAACAAGUUUAAUUGCAAGUUUAACAUUGAAUAUUUAAGUAAUAGUUUUGUAUACUCACACAAAACGUUACGUUCCAUUGAGAAAUUUUGUAACUCAGUGGAACAAAUUGUAACUCAAUGUAAGGGUAAAGGCGCGAUACAUACAAUAAAGUUUUACAAAAAUGGCUUUGACACCAGCAGAACGUAUGAAGAGGUAUCGAGAACGACUAAAACUAAAUCCAGAAAAAUUGGAAAGUAUUAAAAAGAAACACGCUGAAUAUGUAAAAUCUAAAAGCAAAACAGUUAAAGAUCUGACGGAGAAGGAAAAGGAAAAACAACGAAAAAUUUGGAGAAAUCAGAAACGUAAGCAAAAACAAAAGAAAAAACAGCUUUUAGUUCAGGAAGAAAAAGGUACUAAGAAACAAAAAAUAGCAAACCAAAGUAAAUUGAUUAAGAAUUAUAAGACUGCUUUAAAAAGAAACCAAAAAUUGACAAAACUAGUAAAUACCUAUAAAAAAAGACUUUACCGUUUAAAAAUUUCAACAGAAAAAAAAAUUCAGACGCUUGAAAAAGACAACUUAAAAUUGAAAGCAAGAACAGAACUUUUAGAAUUAACUUUAAAAACUUCUUAUAAACAAUGUCAAACCGUAAAAGAAAAACAAACAUUAAAAAAUGUUGUUCUAAAGGAGAAUAUCCAGAGCAUAAUUAAAAAGACUUUCGUGUCGAAGCUGCUAGGAUUAAAAGGAAUGGUAAGAAUAACAAAUAAAAAUAAAACCGAAAACAAGAUACGUAAAGAAAUUGAAAAUUUUUAUGUCAGAGAUGACGUAAGCAGAAUGACUGCCGGAAAAAAGCAAUGUCGUACAUUUAGAAAAAAAAAGGAGCAAAUUCGAUAUCUCACCGACACAGUUCGUAAUUUAUAUACAAUGUAUCGUAAAGAGGGAGGAAAAUACAGCCUUUCAACUUUUAACAAAUAUAAACCUUUUUAUGUACUAUCCCCUGCCGUGCAAAACAGAGAAACGUGCUUGUGCAUCAAGCACAACAAUAUGCAGUUGAUGUUUUAUGCUUUGAAGAAAUACAGAAUACUAAAUAACUUCAACACUGUUUUGGAAGUUACAAAAAAUCUAUGCUGCGACAUAAAUUCGAAGAAAUGCAUGUAUGAAGAAUGUAAAGAAUGUAAAGACAAGACUAUUUGCUACGAGCCUUUGGAAGAAAAGAAAGAAGAUCAGGUUAAGUGGAGUCAAUGGGAAGUAAUUGAUCAUAAAUACACGAAAACGGAAAAUAAGAGCACAAAAGAAUUAACAACAAAAAAAACGCUCAAAUUGCAAAAAGUAGGAAGCAUUCUUGAUCUUAGGUCUUGUUUUGAAAAAAAUCUAAAAACAUUUAAAAUGCAUCAUUUUAACUGGAUUUACCAGCAAAAACAGUACCAAAAGUGUGUUAAGAACCUUCAACGACACGAAGCGCUAAUUAUUUGUGAUUUUUCGGAAAAUUACGCAUGUAAAAUGGGUGAAGAAAUACAAGCAACACAUUUCGGGGCCAGCAAAAAUCAAAUCACGUUACACACCGGUAUGAUUUAUUGGGCUAAAAAAUCACUUUCGUUUUGUACUAUAUCGGACAACAAUUCUCAUGAACCUGCAGCGAUAUGGGCACAUUUGUUGCCAGUAAUAAAUGAGGUGAGAAAAAUAGAUAAUUUAACAAAAGUGAUCCAUUUUUAUUCAGAUGGUCCUACAUCCCAAUAUAGGCAGAAAAAAAAUUUUUAUUUGCUCAAUUUAUUCACAGAAAAAUUAAAACUUGACUAUACUACCUGGUCAUUUUCCGAGGCAGGUCAUGGAAAGGGAGUAGCUGAUGGGAUCGGAGCCUCUGUUAAAAGAGCGUUGGAUCGUCAAGUCGCAUUUGGCAGGGAUGUUGAGAACGGUUCACAAGCAUACGAGCAUCUUUCAAAAUGUAUGAAUUUAGUAAAGAUCAUAUACAUACCCGAAAAUGACAUUGAAAAUAUACAAAAACUUGUGCCACAAAACCUCAAAACGAUUAUUGGCACUAUGAAAAUUCAUCAGCUCUCAUCUUGUUCACCAGGCCUCAUCCAGUACAGGAAUUUAUCUUGUUUUUGUGGCACUAAUAGGGGUUUGUGUAAUUGUUUUGAUCCAAAAACACAUGCUUUUAACAACAUAUCUUCCCUGGAAGUUGCUAAUUCCGAGUCUACAGUUAUUGAUAUCUCUGAUGAUGCUGUAACUGACGGAACAAACUGUCCCAAGUAUUCACUAAACAUUAAAAAGAAAGAAAAAUCUUUUCCAAAAGUCGCCAAGAAAUGUAAUUCUAAUUUUGAGGUGAUUAAAUUUGCAGCUGAUAUUCAUGCUGACAAUUUAGACUGCUUACCAAAACUUAGAAUUCCUGAUGUACUGACUUUUAACAAGGAAAAUGUGGACAUCAAUCAAGCUGACUUACCAAUUCCCGUGAAUUCUGAUAUUAUGAACAUAGAUACAAAUUUGCAAAAUGUUGACGACGUCAUAUAUGCUCAUGAUAAUAACUACCCGGCACACACCACACCAGAAGAUUUAGAUGGGAUUGUAAUAGACUUGAUGCUGGAUGAGGAAGAAAAAAAACUCAUAAAUGCUACUUACGACCUCCCCUAUUUUGAUGCAAACGACGAUGCGACUACGACACCUAGCACGGACAAUACUGCAGACCGUAAAUUUCAACUAUUGUUUGAUAAUUCUAUAAUCUCAAAGCCAUUUGAAACUGACCAUGUUGCAGACAAAACUUUUAUCCAGAUGAAUGAUAAAUCGGAAACUCCGAGACCAAGAAAUAAGCGUGUUUCAACGGUAGCAUGUUCCUCUGCUGAGCCUGUUCUAAAAAAAGUUAAAAUUGAAAUAUUAAAGAAUAGGAUAUUAUUAACACCAAAUAAAAUGAAGAUCGUCAAAAGUAAAACUGAACAAAAUCCAGUAAGUUCAAGAGCACUUAAAACGACGAUUAAACGCACUGUGUCGUGCAACAAAUGUAAAAAUAUUUAUCUUUUUUAUAAUUGCAUGACGAAAUGUUCUAAAUGUGAACUAUUCUACUGUGGAAAGUGCAUCACAAGUUCAAAAUUAGAAGUUGAUGAUGUUUAUGUCUGUGAUACAUGUGUGCAGAAGUGA